AUGGCCUACAAGGUCGUCGCCAAACCUGUUGACGGAUCCGAGGCGUCGUGGACGGUGUCGUGGAAGAUUGUUGGGCAUGAAUCCAAACAGUCGUUCCAGUCGGCAGAUAUAACCUUUGAGCAGAGCUCGGCACCUGUCGAUUUCGCACUUCAUGAUGCUGGCGUGCGCGUUUUCCUGGAGUCGGCGAAAGGAGACCGGAGUGAGCUUCAGCCCGCAGAUCUCGGUCAUCCUCAGGCAUUCGAGUUCCUCCUCGAGACGCUUGAAGCGACUGGAGAGAAAGGGCCGAGAGCUAUCAAGCUGGUAACUCCGCACGACAAGGGCAACAUCAUUCGAUCGGACAUCGUUCCCCAACGAAUGCAAGACCUCGAAUACAUCGAGAAGACGACAGCGUUUGCUCAGCCUCUACAGCUUUUUUCUGGUGAAGAGUGGACUGCAUCGACCGAGUUCGCGACUCUUUUCAAGAGUUCCGCUGGAGUCAUCCGGCUGCGUGACAUUCCCACCACACAGAUCACCGAUGCAGCCCUGCAAGUCCUCGAGAGCGAGCUCCAUAAUCGCCUGCCCACUCCUUUGGUAGUGGCCGGUCUCAAGCGCCGAACCAUAGUCUUUCUAGAAGGAAGUGAGGUUCUCCCGAACAGAGGAGGCUGUGCCGCGCGAUUCUACGGAGCGGCAGAGUCACUAGGUAUCGAUCUCGUUGUCCUGGCCGUCGAAGGGCACUGGCUGCAGGGUUCCGAGUACGCUCACUGGCGCAAAGCGUUUAUACCGAUCGAGUUUGGAUUCGAUGCCGACUUCCCGUCGAGGAUUGUCGCUGCUGUGAGGCAAUACGAUGGACCCGUCGAUGGUAUCCUCACCAUCUUUGACAGUUACCAGAUCGCCCUAUCCAUUGCUGCAACCGAGCUUGGCCUGCCUACCGAGCCUACUUCUGCUUACGAAGUGGCCACUGACAAAUACAAGAUGAGCGCUUUUGAGGGCCGUAAGUCCUUUGUGGCCGCGAGCGCUGAGGAGGCAAUGAAGAUUGCGCAGACCGAGGAUCUCCCAUGGCCCAUCAUUGUCAAGCCUUGCCGAGGCUUUGGCUCAGAGCUUGUCUUUAGAGUCGACAACAUCGAGCAAUUAGCAGCGGUUGCUGGCCGCAUGAACUCGGCCAGACACGGGACCGAGUUUGUUAUAGAGCACUACUGCGACGGCCCCGAGGUCGACAUUAACUUUGUCGUAUACGAUGGGAAGAUUCUCUUUCACGAGAUUGGAGAUGAAGAUCCUAAGAGCGCCGAAGACGGGUCGGACUCCUUCCACGAACGGGAUUGCUGCUCGCCGACUGAACUCCCCAAGCCCGAGCAGGCUGUCCUCCAUGACUCUAUCGCCAAAACCCUCAACAGGCUCGGUUUCCGCAACGGCAUCUACCACUGCGAGGCCCGCGUGGACGACUCGACCGUAGAGUGGCGCCGCACAGAGUCUAACGCCCCAGAACUCGUCCCCCGUUCGACGCACAGCUCCCGCCCCCCAUCCUCCUGGCUCAUCGAGAUUAAUCCACGCCCACCUGGAUGUAACUCAAGUGACGUUAUCGAGACCACGUGGGGCGUUGACUACUGGGCUGUCUUGCUCUCUAUCCGGCUGCACGACUCAGACCGCGUACGUGCUUUUUCUCAGCCGUACCGCAACGGCCCCCAGUACUUUGCGGACAUGAUAUUCAUCUCGGCCGCCUUUGACAAGUCGAAGAACGGCGUCUGGGAGUCUGGUGAGGUGACAGAGGAGCUGGUUCAGCGGCGCCCAGACCUCGGCCGGCACAUCUCGAAGCACCUCACGUUUAUGAGGAAGGGCGACAGCAUGCCGCAUCCGUCGACCGGCGUGAACACAUUUGUGGCAUAUCUCAACGUCUUCUCACGGAGGAGCAGGGCGCACGUGCUGGAUAUUGCGGCAGCGGUCAGGAAAGAGCUCAGGAUUGAAUACUCCUAG